AGAUAAUCCAUUUUAUAACAUAGCUAGAGAUUCUUCAUCGAUUCCAUUUUAUAACAUCUUGAACUGUGCAGGCAAUGAAGUUAACAUAAAUACAUGUCCAAAUCGAUUGCUUGACUGUCCAUCAAGAUCAGCUGUAGCUCUAACAUGUCAAAAAGGCAGCACACUGUCUGGAUUUUCUGUGUAUGUCUCUGAUACUGAAGACUGGAGGUCAGGAACUCUCUGUUAUCAACACGACAUACAACAAGUACCACCUAAUGAGGUCACCUUAGACUGUGUCACUUCCGGUCGCUACGUCACUGUUGACAAUACAAGGAAUACAACCAUAUACCCAAAUGUAUCUGAAUUUUCAUAUAUUAAUAUAUGUGAAAUUAAAGGUAACGGGUGUGACGUGGGAUUUUUCGGAGAAAACUGCACCAGGUGUCCUCAGAACUGUUUGAAUAACACAUGUCAGUUUCAGUUCGGGAUAUGUUAUGACUGUAAUAAUGGAUAUACUGGACAGUAUUGUGAAAUAGAAUGUGACCAAGGUUUCUAUGGACUAAAAUGUAACAUGACAUGCAGUGAAUUCUGCCGUGGUAGGGUGUGUAAUCCUACAACAGGACAAUGUUAUGGAUGUGUUGAUGGCAGAUCAGGAUUCUUCUGUGAAAUUGCAGUUCCGGUUGACAAUUCUGACGAUUCUGGUGCAAGUACAGAAGGGAAUACCUGGACCACAGCGCCUCUGAUCGCCGUUGCAUUGUUAUCUGUGGCUGUGAUCUUGUUGAUAACAAUUUUGUUCGUCAUUUUCCUAAGGAAAAAGCACCAGUCCUCUAAACCUAGCAAUAACAACCCUGACUACGAACUAGCCAUAUCAAGAAAAGACAAAAACGAGUAUACUGGUAUCCAUGCGGCGAAAUCCCCUGAAUAUCCAGAGGUCGAAACGUCUCACUAUAUGGAGAUUGGAAACUCAGACAUCAAAACCAGAACAGAGUACAUGAAUCUUGAUCAACUAUAA